AAGAAGAAUGGGCCGGAGAAUAUGCAGAUGCAUCACCAGAAUUUUCUUUAUUCACGCAAUUAAACACACAAAUAACAGUUACUAACUUCAUAACAGAUAAGCCCCAAAUCCACGUCAGCGUCUCCCUCACCUAAACCCUCUAUAAAUUCACUCGAAUAAGCUCUCAUUGUUGCGCAUUCACAUCCACAUUGAUCACAAAAUCUACGUUUUCUUCAUCGGUAUCGAAAAUUUGAUCUGGUUUGAGUCGGAGAGGAUGAUUAUUGAAGGAGGAGAUCGGGCUGUUAAUGGUUCAGCAGGUGCGAAUCGGCUGAUCUUCGCGUAUUAUGUUACCGGUCACGGUUUCGGGCACGCCACUCGCGUGACGGAGGUGGUCAGAAAUCUCAUACUUGCUGGACAUGAUGUUCAUGUGGUCACUGGUGCCCCUGACUUUGUAUUUACAACUGAGAUACAAUCUCCUCGACUCAUCCUACGGAAGGUACUGCUAGAUUGCGGAGCUGUUCAAGCAGAUGCUUUGACAGUAGAUCGUCUUGCAUCCCUGGAGAAGUAUUCAGAGACAGCGGUUGCUCCUCGUGAUUCUAUUUUGAAAACUGAAGUAGAAUGGCUGCACUCCAUCAAGGCAGACCUAGUGGUUUCAGAUGUUGUUCCAGUUGCUUGCCGUGCGGCAGCUGAUGCUGGUAUACGAUCUGUCUGUGUUACUAACUUCAGUUGGGAUUUCAUCUAUGCAGAGUAUGUGAUGGCUGCAGGAUAUGAUCACCGAUCCAUUGUUUGGCAGAUAGCAGAGGAUUAUUCUCACUGUGAAUUUCUCAUCCGUCUUCCAGGCUACUGUCCAAUGCCUGCUUUCCGUGAUGUUAUUGAUGUUCCUUUGGUUGUCAGAAGGCUGCACAAAUCCCGGAAGGAGGUAAGAAAGGAACUUGGAAUUGCGGAUGAUGUGAAGCUUGUUAUCCUCAACUUUGGCGGACAACCGGCAGGUUGGAAGCUGAAGGAAGAGUCGUUGCCAUCUGGAUGGCUUUGCUUGGUCUGCGGCUCGUCUGAAAGCCAGGUGCUUCCACCAAAUUUCAUUAAGCUUGCCAAAGAUGUGUAUACACCUGAUUACAUUGCAGCAUGUGAUUGUAUGCUUGGAAAGAUUGGAUAUGGCACGGUUAGCGAAGCCCUUGCGUACAAGUUACCAUUUGUCUUUGUGCGCAGAGAUUAUUUCAACGAGGAGCCAUUUCUAAGAAAUAUGCUUGAGUAUUACCAAGGUGGGGUGGAGAUGAUUAGGAGGGAUCUGUUAACUGGACAGUGGAGACCAUAUCUUGAACGUGCAGUUACUUUGAAACCUUGCUAUGAGGGAGGCUGCAAUGGUGGUGAGGUUGCAGCUAGUAUAUUGCAAGAUACUGCUAUUGGGAAACACUGUGCAUCAGACAAGUUGAGUGGGGCUAGGAGAUUGCGUGAUGCUAUCGUUCUUGGUUUUCAAUUACAAAGAGUCCCUGGAAGAGAUAUUUCCAUUCCAGAGUGGUAUGCAAAUGCUGAAAGUGAAUUUGGUCUCCGCACUGGAUCACAAAAUGCUGGAACAAAUGGGUCAAGUGUUUUCGAGGACUCAUACAUUCAAGACUUUGAGAUUCUUCAUGGAGAUCUUUUGGGUCUCUCGGACACAAUGAGUUUCUUAAAGAGUUUGGCAGAAUUAAGUACUUUAUACGACUCUGGAAAGAAUGCUGAAAAGCGACAAAUGAGAGAGCGCAUGGCUGCUGCUGGUCUUUUUAAUUGGGAGGAAGACAUCAUCGUGGCAAGAGCACCUGGAAGGUUGGAUGUAGUUGGUGGAAUUGCAGACUACUCGGGGAGCCUUGUCUUGCAGAUGCCUAUUAGAGAAGCUUGCCAUGUGGCUGUCCAAAUAAUUCAUCCAAGUAAACAGAGACUUUGGAAGCAUGCUCAAGCUCGACGUCAAGCAUCAUCGCCAGUGCUACAAAUAGUAUCAUAUGGGUCUGAGUUGAGCAACCGUGGUCCAACCUUUGACAUGGACCUCUCAGAUUUUAUGGACGGUGGGCAGCCGAUAUCAUAUGAAAAGGCUAAAGAUUACUUUGCUCGAGAUCCGUCUCAAAAAUGGGCUGCAUAUGUCGCGGGAACUAUUUUGGUUUUAAUGAAAGAACUGGGUGUACGCUUUGAGAAUAGCAUCAGUAUGCUGGUUUCUUCUGCUGUUCCAGAAGGAAAAGGUGUUUCUUCUUCUGCUUCGAUAGAAGUUGCUAGCAUGUCUGCUAUAGCAGCUGCUCAUGGCUUAGACAUCAGCCCAAGGGAGCUUGCUGUGCUCUGCCAAAAGGUAGAGAAUCAUGUUGUUGGAGCUCCAUGUGGAGUAAUGGAUCAGAUGGCUUCAGCAUGUGGUGAAGCCAACAAACUUCUUGCUAUGGUUUGUCAGCCAGCUGAAGUACUUGGGCUUGUAGAUAUUCCAAGUCACAUACGGUUUUGGGGAAUUGAUUCGGGAUUGAGGCACAGCAUUGGAGGUGCAGAUUAUGGUUCUGUCAGAAUAGGAGCCUUUAUGGGGCGAGAAAUGAUCAAAUCUACUGCAUCUAACAAGUUAACCAAAGCCCUAUCAGUUGCAAAUGGUACACAUACAGAUGAAUCGGAGGAAAGUGCUGAACCACUUGAAGCUGAAAAGUCAUUAGAGUACUUAUGCAACCUGUCACCUCACAGAUAUGAAUCUCAUUAUGCCAAGAUCCUUCCCGAGGCUAUUCUUGGUGACGCAUUUCUAGAGAAAUACGAAGACCACAAUGAUCCAGUGACAAUCAUUGAUCGGAAGCGUAACUAUGGAGUGAAAGCAUCUGCAAAACAUCCUAUAUAUGAGAAUUUCCGUGUAAAGGCAUUUAAAGCACUACUAACAUCUGCUGCAUCGGACGACCAACUCACGGCACUUGGAGAACUGAUGUAUCAGUGCCACGAUAGUUAUAGUGCUUGUGGAUUGGGAGCAGAUGGUACAGAUAAGCUGGUCCAGCUGGUGCAAGAAGCCCAGCACUGUAAGUUGUCUAAAUCUGGUGACGGGACUCUGUACGGGGCAAAAAUUACUGGCGGUGGAUCUGGAGGAACAAUUUGUGUCGUCGGUAGGGACUGUCUACGAAGCACCCAACAAAUCCUUCAGAUUCAGCAGAAGUACAAGGCUUCCACCGGAUAUCUACCAGUUGUGUUUGAAGGUUCAUCACCUGGUGCAGGAAAGUUCGGACACUUGAGAAUUCGCCGUCGUCUCUCUAAGAAACAGGAGUAAUUAUACAUGGAGAAAUACUAAAUCAAAGCUCUUAGUGAUUAAUAAUUUAUCACAUCUGGUUCACACUGUUUCAAUAUCAAUGGUCUUGGGAAUUGUCAGAACUCAGAAGUGGUAGAAAAAUAGUGUAGAAUAUUACAAUCCUAGGUGGCUAAGAAGAUUUGAGAUACUUUUAGUGGGUUUUUUUUUUUUUUUUUGUAAAAACUUGCAGAGUUAUACAUGUUUGUUGUUAGUUAGAAGUCAGAAUAUUGUCUUUGAUGUGUUGACAAGUGAGAACUCAAUAAGAAAUUUCUUCUUCUUUUUGUCAA